AUGUCAGCCACUCAGCCAAAGGAUACGGCACUGAAGACCAAGGAGUCGGCAGCUGAAGUAGCAGCCCCUCUGGCCACACUCUCUGCCAAAACAGCAGGAGCAACGGGACGGAAAACUUUAACCUCCAGCGCGGCUUUGUCAUUGUUUGAUCAGCUGAAAAACAGCGUCAACACAAAUAGUUUGACAAUUGGCGCCGGCGUCGGCAAAAACAGUAGCCCAGAAGCCAAACCACCUAAAACAGCACCAGCCAGUACAACCACCGCCCCCCCGAUAGUUACUCCCACAAGCCCACCACCCACACCACCCAUCAACAAAAGCACGUCUCUGUCAUCCAAUAUUGAACUGAAGCCCCCGGCCAAGCCCGCUCGGCCCUUUACCUCACCCAGCACUAUUGGAAUCGUGCAGGGCACCAAACGGGGGGUGGGCGGAGUGGUUGGCGGGUUCGGAGCCCAAGCCGCCAAAUUGGAUAUAAACGCAUUGCGAUCUCAGCUCUACCAGGGCGCCAGGAAGACUGCAACAACAUCUCGAGUGGGAGUCGGCAAAACAACAACGGUGACAACAGCCCCAAGAACAACUGGAGGAGAACGUGGCACAAAGGGGUCCAAGAAGCGGUGUCUCGAUCGGUACGACUCGUCGGAGUCAUCAGACAGCGGCGUUGCCACCUCACUGAGCUGCGCGGAUUCCAGCACGGGCUCCAGUGAGGAUGCGUCCGAUCCCGGCUCCCCGUACAGUGCGCACUCGCAACUGAGCGACCCGCCCGAUCCGCUGGGCAAGAUGCCGCCACAGAUCCUUGGAAGCGCUAGCGGCAGCAGCUCAACAGCGGCCGCCUCUCCGCCCACCAGCAGCGCCAGCCAGACGCCUCCAUCACCAGCCAUUCACCACAGUCAUCUGAGCCAGCACAACGCAUCCAGCGUCAUGUCCAAGCCGACGACGCCUCAGCGCCACGGCAACCCCAGUCUCCUUCCCACGCUCCAGUGGCCGUGGAACACCAGUCUGGGCAGCACCUCCACUGCCGUGCCCGCCGCCUCGGCCAACAAAAACAAGCGGACGGCGGCCGGAUCGGGAGCGGCAUUAGGAUUGAGCGGUGAAGGGUCCUGUUUAACCGGUGGAGGAGCCGCGGCGGCUAAGAAAGCGCGCAGCGAUUUGCCCGGCUCCUUUGACGCAAGCAAAAGACUGAAAGUGGCCGCUAUGGAGGAGUCGCAGACCAAGAUCACCGGUUUUUUUAAAUCCCAAAUGAAGCCGCCUCCUGGCGGCGGAAAGCUAUCGCCGCAGCCCGGCCAACAGAGCAAUCCGGCCAACACGCUGACCAUGAGCACGCCCGCAACUACCGCCUCGCUGAACAAGUACUUCAAUAUCCUGUCGCAGCUGAAAGAGCAGAAGGCCCAACAGCAGCAACAACAGCAGCAGCAGGCAUCCAAGACCUUGCCCACUCCAGCUCCAGUCGCCCCAAUCUCAUCUGGGCCCCCUGUCGCACCCGUGGUCACUCCCAGUCCUAGUUUGCCUGUCCCGGCGCUAAAAAAGAUCGAACGCAGCAACAAGCAGCCAGCCAAGAUAGCACAGGUGGCACCCAAUCUACGUAAGACACCCAGCAGUGGAUCUUCAGGCAGCUCCUCGUCGUCCUCGUCCAGCUCCUCAAAUGGCUCCAAUACGGGCAAAUCGCCAACGAAGAAACACGUGGCCAUCGCACCCAGGACGCCGGAGAUGAAACAGCAGCAGCAGCAGGGAAAGGCGGCCAUGGUCUACCGACCGCCAGUAACAAGCCCCGCUUUGAAGCAAAAACAGAUCUCACCGCCCGCCCCCGUGGCGGCCACCACACCCGCCCCAGCGCCAGCACUAAAUCCAACGCCCGCCCCCGCCAAUCCCACGCUUUACCAGCUGCCCGUACAGCUGCCUAAUCUAGUCCAGCUUCCGCCACAGCUGGCGGCUGCCGCCAAUAUUAUGCAGCUGAACAACGUGGCCAAAGCUGCAGUGGCCGCGGCGGCCACCAACAACGCGGCCGCGCAGGCGGCACAGGCUGCCCAGGCAGCUGCUGCCCAGUACUUCCUUAACGGCACUGUCUUUAAGCUGCAACAGGUGACCACGGCCACGACGACGACGGCCACCACGGCUACAGCAGCGGCGGCCCCGGCUGGCAAUCCCUUUGGACUGCUUAACUUAGCCACGGCGGGCAAUCCCUUUGGCCUGCCCAAUGCCAAUGGGCAAUUCCCCAUUGAAGCCAUUCCGGGAGCUGGAAGCUAUCUCCAUCAUCAGCUGCUUCUGGCCAGACAGAACAACAUGAGUUUAAACGAAACUAUGGCUUCCAAUUCUUGCGGCAACAUGAACUUUGUUAAUCCACUUAACAACCAGCAAGUUGGACUCAAAGAUAACAAAUUAUAUAUUGUGAACUCGGCCGAGUACCUAGGAUACUUAAUGAGUCUGCAGAUAGCUCUUAAUAACCAACAGCACCAGCAACAACAAAUCAUAUCUGCCACACAGCCUCCACCACUGGCAGCCACAAACAAUAACAGUACGAACACUGCCACUCAGCCGCCGCCAUUGGCAGCUACGAACAAUACCAAUUCGAACACUGCCAACAAUUCGACUGCCAGCAACAGUAACAACCAUAAUGCCUCGAAUAAUCUAAGCAAUAUCAACAACAAUGCCAUACAGCCUCAGCGGGCGAUUGUGAAGCCGCCAUUGCACAGUUCCACGCAACCGCCUCCGCUUGUGACGAUUUCCUCCAUGCCCGCAUGCUCCCCGGCUGCCGCAUCUUCGCCAGCGGCCAAACGGUCACUGCCCGCCGCCAAGCCUUACCAGAAGCGGUUGACCGCAAAGGGCAGAGUGGGGACAGCGCCGAUAAUCGCAACGCCUACAACUCCGCCUCCUCUGGUUCCCACGUCUGCUACUAAGGAGCUGGGUCAGCUGCGCAAGAGUACGGGAACCACAGGACCCCCUACUAGCACACCCACACCAACGCCACCGCUAGUAAGCAUCGCACCCUCGAAGCUGACCCCAACGCUGAGCGUUUCGAAGCAAGGACCUACAAUGAAGCUUGCCAACAGCGCUCCCGAUCUCUUUGACCUGGUGAAGAACUCAAAGCUGGUUGCCAAGGUUUCGCCACCGUUGACGCCGCUUCCCUUCAGUUCCCCCAGCAGCAGUAGCAACGGAAGCCACGGUAUGCGAUCCUCCCCGGCCCUCUCCGCGUCAAACUCCUGCACCCUGUCUGCAUUUAGCAAGAUCAAGGUGGAAACAACGGAGCUGGCUUCCCAGACUGGCUCCAUGACCUCUUCCUCAUUACCUACAAUAUCACCCAAGCCUCAGAGCUUCGCCGGGCAGCUGCCCAAAAGAGAACCGGAAUCGGAGGCCGACACGCUGAAGCACGAACUUUUGCCAGACUGCACAAACAGCAACUCAAACUCAAACUCCUGUAGCAGCAGCACCUAUUCGCACUCGGUUAGUUCGGCAGCAGAUCUCUCAUUAGAGGCCUCUACGCCCGCUCCAUCACCUUCACCUUCAGCAUCGCCUUCCGGCUUGGGAUCACCCUCGCCGGCGGCCAGCAACUUGAGUGCCAGCAGCCGGCGAGCUGCUAGCCAAACUGAUAUGCUAAGUGAACUGGUCACUUCGUCGUGCAUCUCCAGCGGCGGCGAUGACUGCUCUCAAGCCACAGACUCGCCUCCAAUGCCGACACUCCCUCUGGCCAAGAGUGACGAUGCUACCACUCCCAUUUCCACGGUCAGCGGAGGAAGCAGCAGUGGGAGUAGCAAUUACGAUGAAGAGGACGACAAGUCGGUGGCCUCGCUGGAAACUCAUCAGACACACAAGCGGCUAAGGGACCUGCCCACGCCCGAGUCAGGAAUCGGUGGAAGUCUGAGUAACAGCGAGAGCAGCAACUCAAUUGCCGAUGCCAUCUCCUCCAAAUCCGCCUCUGUGGGACCACCCACUACUGCAGCGAGCAGUUCUUCUUCCUCCGUUUCCGACAGCAACUCACUGGCCAGCAAUGCACCAUCCCCAGCCUCUCCGGACGAUUGUUCAGCCGCUCCUUCGCCCGCCUGCUCCGCCUCCACUGCCGGAUCCAUUCCGCCCAGCACUGUGGUGGACAUUGCGAUGGUGGAAGCCAGCAGCAAGAGUCUGCCAAAGAGCGCUAUCUCUCCAAUCCUCUCCCAGCCAAAGACCAUCCGCUUUCCGGCUGGAGCAGGGGCGGGCGGCAAAGGCGGAAAGCGGCAUGACGGCGUCUGCUACUGGGACAAGUGCAACAAGAAGCAUGAGAGCAACUCCAAGCUGUUGGACCACAUGCAGACGCACCACGUCAAUACACAAACAGGUCCCUUCGCCUGUCUGUGGGUGGGCUGCAAAGUGUAUAACAAGGAGUCAUGCUCUCGUCGCUGGCUGGAGCGUCACGUGCUCUCCCAUGGAGGCUCCAAGCAAUUCAAGUGCAUCGUGGAGGGCUGCGGCCUACGGUUCGGCUCACAGUUGGCGUUGCAAAAGCAUGUUAACAACCACUUUAAUGCCACUGACAAUGCAAGGGAGAGCACCAGCAAACGCACCUCUGAUCCGCCAGUGCCCAAACAACUCCGUAAGAAUGGCAAGAAGCUGCGAUAUCGUCGUCAGCCUUUCUCAGCUCGCAUGUUUGACUUCUUCGACACGGGCAUAAUGGAGGGGCUACAGCACCGCCUGCGCCAGAUUAGCACACUCACCAACGGUGCCCAGGCCAUCGAGUUCCAGGGGCAGUGUAUGAUGCGACGUCGCAAUAGCCAAGGCGGCUACGAGUGCUUCGUGCGAUGGUCCCCGCGCGAGAUCAUUUCCGACGAGUGGCUGCCGGAGUGUCUUAACCGAACGCGUCAGCACACUAAGGUACUGCACAUCAAGCAAAUGCGGCCAGCCGAAAAAACUCGCGUGGAUAGCCUGCUCAGCACGGCUUUCCGUUUACGCUAUGACUCCCACUUGUUCGCCGACGAUUAUAAUGUCAACGAGCAGCAGGUUGGCGAGGCCAGCGGCAGCGACUGCGACGAGGAUGGGGAUGAGGAUCAAGAGGAGGAGGAUUUAGAGGAUCAAGAUGAAGAUGAAGAGGAAGAUGGAAGCAGUAGUUCGCGCAGUGCGAGUUGUGAGACGGUGUCCAGCUAUCAGCAGGUACUUAGCAUCGCCAAGCUGCAGAUGCAACAGCGGCGUAAGCAUCCGCGAAAACCACCCAAAGUGACACCGCCGGCGAGGGAAAAGCUGGUUCCAACGGACGCACUGGUGCCCAUUUAGGGGCAUACCAGAUUUAUAGUAUUUUCUAAGUAAUUAAACCGAAAAACAAACGACAAACGAGUAAACAGUGACAAGUAGACUAGUUAGUGUAAGACCAAAGUAAAUUACUACAUGCAUCCAUUAAUGUAUAGAAAUUAUGAGUACUCCCGCUUUGUUUGUUUUUGUUUUGUUUGGUGCGCGUAACCGGCGUUUAGUUUUUGAUUCCAUCCAAGUUUCGUUUAUCGAUCGUUGUACAUAUAUUCGGAUGGAAUCAAGAGUAAAAGUCAGAAGCAUUUAGUGGCCACCUAAUCGCAACCCACCCACGCGUUCUAGCAAGUGCUGUUAUGAACAAAUGUCCUAGUUCUUAGUUCUAAUUUAAUUUCUAAAAUGUAUACUUAGUAGAGAUUCAUGUGGGAAUGGUCGACUGGACAACACUUGUUUGUAAGCCAAGUUUAUGUUAAUCUAUUGACAAAAUUAAAGUUAGAUUUUGUUUUCUUUUUGUUGUCCCCCUCUUAAUGUAUUGUACUCUUAGAAACUGGCCAAACUUACACUGAAAGCGGAAAAUCUACGCACACAACUGAGCAGUAAUGUUUAAGAAUAGUAAAGUGACGUGGAAGAACACAAGACUUGAAGCAUUUACCGCUAAAAUACGAGAAAUAUUUGUAUAACAUUUUGUACUCAACUCGAACAGCAAUGCAACAGUUUUAGCUCAAGUUAGACCCAAGCCCAAGACGAUUAUCCAUUAAUUUAGUGCAAAUCAAAUGCAACUUUCGCCAACUCAUCAGCGUCUCUCAAUCGAUUUGUGAAAACUUGAAGAGACGGAAAAGCAUCAUGCAUACUGUAAAUAAAAUAGCAUUAACUAGUUUCGCGUUUAAACUUACAUUAAACUAUUCAUUUAGAAAUUAGCCAAGGCAAAACCAACUAAAAUAUACUAAAUAAAGUUUUCGAAAGAAGAUCAACAAUCUACAAGCGAAGUAUAACACAAAA